AUGAAUAUUCUUACUGCUGCACUAAAGACCAUUAACAAUGCUAAUAUCAAAGGACAAAAAGAAGUUCUUAUUAGAGCUCCAAACAAAGUAGUUAGAAGCUUUCUUGAGUAUAUGCAAUUAAAAGGAUACAUUUCUGAGAUUGAGUACGUAAAUGAUCAUCGUAAAGGCAAGGCUAUUCUAACUCUGAAUGGUCGAUUGAACAAGUGUGGAUCUAUUUGUCCUCGUUUUGAUGUUCCUUUGGAUAAGUUAGAACAAUGGAGUAGUCGAUUACUUCCAGCUAGACAGUUUGGGCAUGUAGUUAUCACUACUUCUAAAGGCAUUCUUGAUCAUAAAGAGUGCGUAGCCCAUCAUACCGGAGGAAAGAUACUCGGUUUCUUCUACUAA